AAGAUUUAAUGGGACUUUUUGCAGCGGCCAUUUUCUGUUGUUUGAAUGAUUACACAAUUUUCUUUCCUUGCAGCUCUUUUGCCACCUCGAAUGACCUGCUUGCACACAUGGUGUUCAGUCACGCCCCUCAAGAAGGUAGCAUGAAGGCCUGCAAAGUAGCUGGGUGUAAACCUGUUCAGAGGCCACGGGGAUCAAUGAUCUGUCAUUUCAACCAAGUUCACUGCAAUACGUCUACCGUUCACGAUGAUGAGCAGGUGACCUUACCACAGUUGCUCUUUCCAAAAGUUGUUGAUAUUGAGAGAGAAGACGAAUCACCGGUUACUCGAACCGUCCGCCUUACUGCAGCGCUUAUACUCCGGAAUAUCGCUCGUAACUCACCGCAUGGGAGAAAGGUAAUUCUGACCUAUGAGACGAGGCUUGUGCCAUCGGCGAUGUCUGCUUCGGAAGCGUCGUCCGCCGUGUCGGCGUGUCUAGAAGAACUAUCAAGAAAGCGAAAAAAACCCUCAGACAGUAACACUGCUGAUGUGGCCAGUUGAUCUAGGAUACGAUUUAGGUUAAUUUAUGCUAAUUUAUGUUAAUUUAUACUUAGCUUUACAAUUAUUUGGUGCUUUCAACCCAAAAGCUUUAUUCAAAUCUUCUGUUUUACUUUCACGUGCGUUGUAGCUUCGUGGUGGGAAAGAACACUCACGUCGAUUUUUUAAAUUUGCAUUUGGGUUUGAGUUCGUUCUCUUUGCUACAGUUUUAUUGGUGUCUUUUAGAAUAAUAUCGUUCGUACUUCACAGCGUCAAGCCAACUUUGGCAAUUGUUUGAAACUUUUUUAAAAAAACUAGCCUACUCUCUAUAUCGUUUUUGGUCGCUACCUGCGAACCUUUUAAAGCAUGUCACGACAUUGCCUGCAAAGUGAUCUUUGCAAAAUGGAUAUAUUUUAUUUUUAGUAUGUAAACGGAAAACAGUGGAAGAUCUGCCUGUGCAUAAACACAUCUACCGUUACAUGUUUAGACUUACAAAAUCUACAAUUCAAAGAGCUUGUCUCUAUAUUUAAAGAUACUAUUUUUGUGUUAUUCUAGAAGAAACCUUGAAUACAAGGCUUCCUUUGUACCGAAGUUCCAGUAAAAAGUGAAAUGUUUUCAAAGUUUGUGGCCUACGCCUAGUUCCCUUUCACCCCCAUUACACUUUUAAAUUAGUUACUCGUAGACAGGUUUGUUGACAUCUGUAAAAAGAGACUUAAAGACGUAUAUAAGAAUUGCAGAAAGCUUUCUUCUUGCGAUGAGUAAUGCCAACUUAUUGCCACGUUUAUGAGAUUCGAGAUGGAUUUUAAAUGCA